UAUGUGUGAGCCAAGUAGUGUAAUAUCUCUCUACACAUAUAAUUAGAGUAAAUUGAUGAGUCAAUUUCAUACAAGAUAUCAAGGACAAACAGAAACAAAAAGUUUGAUACCAACUUGUACAUUGUUCGAACUGCAUACAAAUCUUAUUCCUACAGUCCUCAAAUUCUGUUCGAAUAUGAUUCUAAUAUAGCUUGAAAUUUAUUCGAAUUAUAUUCAUUUUGCUCGAAAGUUUGGUCAAGGUUUGUAGUGAGAACGAUGCAUUCAAAUUUAAAUAAUUAAAAGUAUCAUCAGUAACUCUGAUUCAAGACUGUUGGUAUGAACUAUGUAGCUUUAUGAGCUCUAAGAUUGCCAGAGAGGAAGAAGGUGCUUGGAAGAGUUACAGUUGAGGACCUCCAUUGUUCCACAUAACUCUUGCUCGAGGUUUCGACUCCUAUAUGCAAAAAGUCAAAUUUUACAUGCGAAUUGUAGUGUUGAAGCUACAUGCCAGUGGACCGAUAAUGGAUGCGUGUCUUCCCUCCGGAGUAAGGAAUUGAAACCAAAAAAAGAAGAUGCUAUAUACCUUCCUUCCUUGCUCUGUUAAUUAAUCAACACAAUUAAUUAUAAUGUUUCUAAUGCAUAUUGGCCGCGCGCGCGCGCUCAUACAUGGAAUUAAUGGCGCCGAAAGUGAUUCUACGUCGCGGCGACCGCACCAACCCUCUGAUUUGGGCGCUUGCCAUCCUCUGCGCCGGUUUUGCCGUGGCUGUCAUCCUUACAGGCAUCGUUGUCUUCGCCAUCUAUCUUGUCUACCAACCCAAGAGCCCUUACGUAUGGGUUUCAGCGGCCCACCUCGAUCUCCUCGACUACGACCAAAUGGGUCUGCUGAGCAUUCAAUUGUCCCUCACCCUUGUGGCUGUCAAUCCCAACAUGAGAGCGCACGCCACGUUUUCGGAACUAGGGUUAGCCCUGCGCUUUGAAGAUGGUGAUAUCGAGCUUGCCCUGCUGCGGGCGGAGGAUUUUAGCGUGCAGAAGAACGGAUCGGCAGCGCUCAAUUACGUGGUGAGGUCGGAGGCGGUGCCUCUUGACGAGAUUGGGAGAGAGACAUUGGAUGUGUCGCUUAAGGCUGGGAUUAUCAGCUUCAGAUUGGAGGGCCAGCUUAGAACCAGAUGGAGGGUUGGAGUCUUUGCAUCUCUCAAGUUGUUGACGCAUCUUUCCUGCGCUUUAAGAUUUGAGGUUUUGAAUGGGAACGCUGUUGGAUUCCGCUGCAUCUCCAACUCUCACUGAUCCAUCCAUUCAUUCGAUGGGUAUAUUCUUCUUCUGUUAAAACUCUGAAUAGACCAGACCUAUUGUAACUAAUUUACUUGCUCCGUCUGUUUAUUAUUAUUAUU